AAUGAGGAUGUUUUAGAAUGAACAGAAACUUGUAAAAUUUGGUGCUUCAAUCGGAACUUUCCAGAACCUCACCAAUGGAAUUUCCGGCCAGACUCUGUUCCUUCGUUUACGUUUCUUAUCUCCUGUUGUUUUCAUCUGCUUCAUCUUCCAUAGCCGCAACCUCCGAUUACUGCAACGACAAAGUCUCGCUCGAACUCUACUACGAAUCGCUGUGUCCAUACUGCGCGAAUUUCAUAGUGAACUAUCUGGUUCACCUUUUCGACGACGAUCUCAUCUCCAUUGUUGAUCUCAGGCUCGUCCCUUAUGGCAACGCUAGGGUUGGACGCAAUGGUUCCAUCACUUGUCAGCAUGGCCCUGCUGAAUGCCUGCUGAACACUGUGGAAGCCUGUGCCAUUAACGCCUGGCCUGAGCUGGAUGGGCAUUUUCCUUUCAUUUAUUGCAUUGAGUCUCUAGCGUACAAACGGAAGUACACCCAGUGGGAGUCAUGCUUCGAGAAGUUGGGGUUGGACCCCAAGCCCAUCAACGAUUGCUACUCUACCGACCUCGGGAACAAGCUCGAACUGAAAUAUGCAGCUGAGACUGACAAUCUUCAGCCUCCUCACAAUUAUGUGCCUUGGGUUGUUGUAGAUGGGAAACCACUUUACGAGGACUAUGAAAACUUCAUAAAUUACAUCUGUGAGGCGUACAGAGGACCUAUUCUGCCAAGUGCUUGUAGAACUCCGUCCAUCAGUGUCAUUUGAAGGCGAGAAGCGUAGUCCGUCCUCCCAGACACUGUAAGUCUCCUCCCAGACGAGAUACUGUAAGAAUAAGAAGUCGAGAAAUGAGAAAUGUGAAUAUAAUACACAAGAACGCGAUCCAGGUGAUACCUCACACUCUUUGGAGUUGGAAUGUAUUCAAUUUAGUAAAUAAAUCUAGAUAACCGAACAUGCUUGUACUGUAUACAUCUGGUUGAGAGAAACUUUGUUUUAUUUAGAUAAUAUUAAUGUAAUUGGGUUAUUUCUUAAUUUAGAAAUCUAGAUGAAACGAGAGAUUUAGUGAUGAUGACAUUAAGGAUAGUGUUCAACAUCAUGUUUCCAAAUAAUUGAAUUUGAAAGUUCAUAUUAUUGGUUUGGCUA